GGAAACUUAUCAUUUGACAACUAAGCACUGAUCAUGCUGACAUGGCGUAUUUGUGGUGCAUGUAUCGCAAUGUAGACAGUGGAACACUGACAUUAACACGUAGACUAUGCCAAGGAAAAAUACUAGUUGAAGUGCCCUGAAAUUUUACAGUGCCAUUUAUGUGCUUAGUUUUUGCCAAAAAUAAGAGGCCUUUUAUAGCAUAAAAGUGUCUGAAAUAUAGGCCUUGUAUUUGUGCUGACUAUUGCUUGGGAAAACACUGCAGCAAUAGAAACACAGACAGAUUCAAGAAGUGUGCUAAUACUGUGUACAGUUUUCGAUGAGAUCACCCUGCUAUGAGCUAAUUAGCCUAGCUCUUGCAGGGUAGGGAUUGUGCGAUUUUCAAUUAGGCUUCCACGAAUUUGGACAAUUUCUUGUGGGAGGUUGAAGAUUCUGCACUAAUUAGUGAUAUGAUCAAGUUUAAUAUAAAAGUGAGUGAUAAUAUUCAACUUAUAAAUCGGUUUUAUAGGAACGACAAUACAAUGCUAAAUUCUAAAAGUAAUAUCGAAAAUUAUUUUAUUCGAGCUUGUUAGGUUCUCUAUUGUUAGAGGAUUUGUUAACAUUUAGUCCUAUCAACUUUAUGUCUAUCAGACUUUGCUAGCUUAACUAUUAGAUCAUUUCGUAAAUAUUUAUUCCUACGUUAUGUCUGAUAUGUCUGGUUAUUAAGUGAGGAGCAUAUGCAGGUGAUCUUAAAUUGACUAGUAAAAUAAUCAAAUUAAAGUUUGCAGGUGACUUUGGACCCCACGUAAACCAAAAUAGGAAGAAAAGUAAUUUUCCAAGCAAAGAAACAUGAGGGGCAUUUUUAUGCAUUAGAAAUGAAAACCAAUGUACGAGGUUGAUUUUCUGAAGCACCUUUUUGAGAUGGAGUCUGUACUCUGGCUAAAAUUCUAACCGCACAGCUUUCCUGUGCAUAAAACAUGAAAGGGACACAAAUUGUCCCGUUGAUGAAGUUAGGCAGUGACAGUCAUCUUAAAAAACAUCAUAAAUCGUAAUAGUAUAGUGAAACGUCUUGGUGAAAGGUCCAGGCAGUGACGUUCAUGUCAUACAAACAAGCACUUGAACAGAAUAUUUGAAGAAGAUAAAAUAUUGAGAAGACAUUUCUUGACUGUUUCUGUUUGUAAAUUUCUAAAACGUUUCUUUUGGAAACAAUUUUCGAAAUUUAUUAGAUUUUAUUUCUUUUAAUUUUGUACAAAUAAAGUUUUGAAACUUUUGUUUGAAAAAAUAAUGAUUUUAUUUUUAUUUUCCUUCAUCUAAACUGCAUUUGUGCUUGUUCGUAAUAUCACCCGACAUUACUACUUUAAUCAAUAACUGAAGCCAUCAAUCUGCUCCUAUCAUGCAAGAUUUUAAUAAAUAAGCACUAAUCGAUGGAUGGUGCGUGAGGGUAUUUAAUAGCAGGCCAACUCUGGGCGGCAACAUAAACUCUGUCCCUUAUUAUGUAGGAUUACCCAUAACUGUUUUGGAUGAGCAUUUCUUUGAAAUAUGUGUUCAUGGGCCACUUGAUGGGUUUGCUGUAGCCCGAACAGCAUGCCUGGUACAUGUAAACUGUAAUGGUCAUUUCUUUCUGCACCCUCACAGUUUCUAUGUGCAGCCCCAUAAAAAUGGUAAAAAACCAAAUUGCCCCCUUGCCAUCACCACCUUGUCAGCGUCACUCUUAUCCAUGUGCCGUGUCAUGAAUAGAUUUAAGGAAGAAAGCCUUUUAUUCUGUGAAAUCUCAGAUUUUUUUUUUCACAAAAACCGUUUAAAUUGUAAUCUCAAAGAAACUUUUGGAUUACAUAAUCUAGAAAUUAAAAGAUUUUUAAGAUUGUGCAGCUCAUAAGUUUUUUUUUUCAUGAAAGAAAAUGGUGAUUCAAAAGUUAUUUUUUUUUAAUUAUACAAUUUAAAAGUAAAAAAUUUCCAGAGAUAUUGUUGAAAUAAACUGAAAAUAGAAAUAUCAUAUGGUCUUCGCAGUUACCUAGGAUAAGGUUUGUGUCAUGAUCAGUUAUACUAAAUUAAACGCUCCUCUAUCCAUGAAUGAAUAGGAAGAAGACAUUGUUCGAUUAAGAAUUGUGAGGGAUCAGUUUAAAACUGUGACAGAUAUUAGGUCUCUUCAUGACCUUAUAUUUCUCUGCCACUUGUUAUUGUCAUUGUCAUGUUUUUUCUUUGAUGCUUGCAUCUAUACAACUCGUGGCUCAACUAAAAUUGAGUUAAUAUAUACUCAAGAAAGUUUUCAAUUGCAAAUAGUUGAGUGGUAAGGAGAAUAUAUGGGCGAGCUUCAGAUGAGUGUCAUCAUCCAGUGUGAACUUCAUACGAAUGAAAUAAAAAAUUGCAUAUACAUUAAAAAUUUACGUAACGGGAAUGAAUCUCUCCAAUCAUCAAGUCGAAAAGAAAGAAAGGUUCAUGUACAUCAUCACAAAUAUUAACAAGUGACAAAAGAAUAGGAUUCGUUCAGCUCUGUAUGUGAUGAAUACACGGUUUUACCAAAAAGAUCGAAGGGAAUCGUCUAACGUAGAUUGCAUUUCAACCUAACACAACACCCACCUAUGUCAACUCUGACCAAUCAAAAAAAUAUUCUAACUUCACCAAACUAGUGUUCAUCAAUAAACAGCGUGAGCGUGUGAGGAGAAACAAUAUUCCUAAAGAAUGUAGCAUAAAACAUAUAUAUCAGCUAGAGUUUAAACUCCGGGCAUUGGAAUGAGUCUUUAUUCAGAUUCUACUGCUUUUCUUUGUAAACAAUAUCUUGAGCCUCGAGGGAAUCCAAAGGAGGAAGGUUAUCUAUAUAAAUAAACCAUGAUGCAGUAGCCUUCAUAAUCAUACUAAAGCCUGAUAUGUGUAUCUUUUUACCCUGAAACAUAUACAUGUCGAAUUUGAGUUUCCUCAAGUUCAACUAUAGCUUCUCAUGGAAGCCCUCCUCUUCACGGAAUCAUUUAGCCCAGAAGAACAGCUUCAUUUCAAGACAGAGAUCGAAUAAUGAAGGACAAAGUUUCCAACCAAAAGAAGAGGAAAUGAAAUGGGUGUUCGAGAAAUUUUACACCAACAAAGAUGGGAAGAUCUCACUAGAAGAAUACAAGGCUGCAGCAAGGGCUUUAGAUAGGGGCAUUGGGGAAGCUGAAGCAGUGAAGGGUUUUAGGUUGAUGGACUCUGAUGGGGAUGGCUUCGUUGACUUCAAAGAGUUCGUGGAGAUGGUCAACGGAGAGGGUAGGAUUAAAGAAGCGGAUAUCAAGAAUGCUUUUCAAUUGUUUGAUUUGAACGGUGAUGGGAAGAUCAGUGCUCAGGAGUUGUCCCAAGUUCUGAAGAGGCUAGGAGAGAGUUGCAGCCUUAGUGCAUGCAAAAAAAUGGUGAAAGGAGUGGAUGGAAAUGGAGAUGGUUUCAUUGACUUGAACGAGUUUACGAGGAUGAUGAUGAGUGGGCAGAAACUAGGCUAAGUGUUCAGUGUUUCUGUCAUUCGUGUCUUAAGAAAUAUUUUCUUUCUUUUCCUUUUCUUAAGUGCUAGUGAGGUUAGAGUAGUUUGUUGGUCCUAUGUAUGAGAUUAACUUAGUAACAGAUGUAAUGGUUCGUAUGUAAAUGUAUAUGGUAAAUGUUAAUGUUAUUUUGUGUUUGAUUCUCUGCCCAGUUGUAAUCUCACUCGAUAUGAAUCAGAUCUUCAACUUCCAUUGCAAUUAGAAAAAAAAACUCCUAGAGAGGGUAUUUAUUUAUUACCGGGGUUGGAGGUAUUAUGGGGAGAGCAUAAGUCUUGGAUAGAGGUUCGUGGGACUUGGAUAUUUCUGAAAUGCACAUUUGGCUUUGCACUGUCUAAAGGUGCAUGGAGUUUUGGUUGCAGUUUUUGAGGCUUAGAAUGAAGGAAAUAUAAAAUGGAGUUGGAAUUAGCGUUCCCAAGGCCCAAAUUUAUAAAGAAUAGUUUGGAAAAGCAUAAGCAAGUGAUGAGAUUGGUGUUGUGAAGUUAUAAUUAAAAAAGUUAUCUGCUUACAGCUGCUCGUGUGAGUUUUGAACUUUGAGAGCAUGUAUCGCCUGUUGCGGCGUUUUAUUCUAUCUAUGUACAAAUCGUGUAUACGGAAAUUCAAAGGAAACAACUGCAUACAGAAUCUGCAUUUUCAUCUUCUA